UUUGUUUAUAUUUUCCCUAACAGGUUAGGUAGAAUUGUAAAGAUAAAUAAAAAUAAAUAAAUAAUUUAUUUUCACCAAUUAACACUAUAAGCUGCGUUGAAAACAAUGGGCACUAAUGUAAAAGAUAUCAACCAGCCUCUACCACAAGCAAUAAUCAAAGGAGUGGAUGUCCCUAUAUUUCAAGCCAAAAAACAUGUUGAAAAUCUUUUACGGCAAACUGUCCCUGCCGGGGACAUAAGAAACAAAGAAGAGUGGUCUAAAUGGCAGUUAUUUCUCGGGGAACAAUCAGUUCGUAAAACUAACAGACAGAAAAAGAAAAAAACCUUUCUUACAAGAAAGCAGAGAAAAGAGGCCGGAUUAUUAAAACUUCCCAAAGAGGGUUGGACCUAUGCCUCCUUAGAACCUGUAAGGAAAAUGUGGCAAGAAUACAUGAGAGAAAAUCUGGAAUUGAUUAAAAGAGCCCCCUCUCAUGUAGAUGCGGAAUGGAAUAAUUUUAGUACUAUCGUGGCCAAAUCUGAAAUGGUGGGUGCUGAUUUGAAAGUCAUAAAAUCAAAGGUCCCUAGUUUAAUAGGGAUUAGUGGAACGGUGAUACUUGAGACGAGAAUGACAUUUCAAAUAGUCACCUUGAGGAAUAAAUUAAAAACCAUCUUGAAGGAUACUUCAGUGUUUGAAUUUAUCCUGGACAAUAUGACAUUCACAUUCUUGGGUAAGCAUCUUGUAUCCAGACCAGCAGACAGGAGUGUUCGAAAAAUUAGGUCUUUGCUGCACCCCGAUUUAUAAAUGUGAUUCUUUUAGUAUAGAGAUUUACUUCUUAUAUAUUUGUAAAUUUGUUUUAAGUGAUAUUAUUUCUUGAAAUAAAAUAUCAAUUGUUAAAGUCGACAA